ACAGGAACAAGGACAUCACAGACGAGGUGAACCGGAAAUCGCGUCUGCGCAGGUCUACAACAUUUACUGACACAGACACUGACUCUGACAUGACGUAUAAUUACGAUUAUGGGGACCCAAAUGCUACGGCUGUGAAUGUCAAGUGGUCGAGUUCAGCCCAGAUGAAGGCUGCCAUAAAAUUGUGUACUGAUGCUGCUAAGGCUUCCAGUGCCUUCACGCCUUGUGAGAAGUCGGGCUUAGUGAACGUGCAGGAAAUAGUAGACGGUUGCGUCGAUGACAUGAAGAUCACCAAUGGAGACAAGACCUACCUUGACUCUGUAGCCAGUACCUUUGACACAAUUUGCCAGGAGGAGAUUUUGAAGGACCCAAAAUACUACACAGCACAACCAGAUGACGCGAGCGAUCCAACAGUGACCGGAGGAACUACAGGUUGGCUUUCGUUAAUUGUAACUUAA